AUGUUAUUCCCUGCCGGCUCGUUGCCUACGGGUCCACCGAUCGAGACUAAGAAGGCGCUGCUGCUCCUCGACUUUCAGAACGACUUCGUCAGUCCGGAAGGAAAAGUUCAUGUCGCCAAUGUGCUUUCCUUCCUCCCGAAUCUCCUUGCCCUUGUGGCCGAAUUUCGUGCAAAGGGGGAGGUCAUUUGGGUUGGCACAGAGUACAAACAACCUCAGUCCACCAUCUCAACCACAACCGGGUCAUACUCCAUCCUCCUAAAACAAAAUCUCGGAGAUAAAGACACAGACGGCGAGACCAGGGAGUAUAUUGACAAUCCCCGCUGCACCAGCUUAUCUUCCCAAGGUCCCUUCUCACCGUCUACUGUCACACAUGACCGAGAAGCGUUUCUCGCGGCCGGUACUGCGGCCAAGGACAGGUGCUGUAUCCCAGGCACUCCGGGUGCCGACUUCCCUGGCCUCAUCAAAGACGCCAUUGACUCGCAACGAGACUUGGUGAUGCUGAAAUCCCACUACUCGGCAUUUCCCGAGUCACCGCUUCUGAUGCAUCUACGGACCCGACUCAUCACCGAACUGUAUAUCUGUGGCUCCCUCUCCAACGUUGCUGUCUAUGCUACCGUACUGGACGCCGUGUGUCAUGGUCUCCAGGUCACCAUCGUCGAGGACUGUCUCGGUUUCAAGGAUGAAAAAUGCCACGUAGAAGCCAUGCGUCAAAUGGCCGACCACAUGGGUGCAAGUGGUGUUGACUGCCAAGAGCUCCGCGACGACCUUGCUGGGUUACUAGGUGACGUCGUACGUGAAGAAGACUACACUACCAGGUUUCAAGUCACCAUAGCGCCUCCCGCCCGUCGGAUCAAGUCCCAUACGUCGAGGAAGCACAUCCACGAUUGGAUUGCUAGGUUGGAAGGUCAGGAGAACAAAGAUAUAUGCGCAGAAGAUGCUGCAAAGCCGUCAAACAUGAGUGCAGAGGGGUCCACUGAUGGUCGUGACUCCUCCUGCACAAAGAGUGAGUUGUCCCGGAGGCUGGUGAGGUCCGUCUCACCGGACCACGGCCCCCCUCGAAAGAGAUCAACCAGUGACGUUGAUUCCCCGGAGGAGGCUCAUAUCCCUAAACUAUCACACAGCCCUUCAAUCCGUCGCGCUUCAAAUCCUGGUGACAGUGCUGAGCAAUUGAAACGCAAGCAGACCAACUCUUCCACCCGAAAGAAACGUCCCUCGAACAAGCCGAAGGAGUCUCCUUCUCCUACCUACGAUACAGUCAUGGUGCAUACACAAUUCGCCAAUAAUGCCGGCGCUGGAAGGGAUGACUCUUCGGACAAUGACCCAGCUCAACGGGAAGAGGUAGUGUCGGAAACAGCUCGGUGCGGUCGUGUACUGAUGUCCAAAAAGAAGGAAAGGAUGACACCUAGGUUCCUUGAACCUGACGACAUAAUUGGUCAAGGUGACUGUCAACUCUACCUGGACCUACUCGGUCCGGAGGAAGCAGAAAGAGCCUUUCACUCCUGUAAGAAGGGAAUCAGAUGGCAAAAAAUGUUUCAUCGCUCUGGCGAAGUGCCUCGCUUGGUUGCAGUUCAAGGACGAAUCGCCGAGGAUGGGUCAUGUAUUCCCGUUUACAGGCAUCCAGCCGAUGAAUCUCCCGAGCUGCUCGCCUUCGAUCCUACUGUCGACACAUUACGAAAAGCUGCGGAAAAGGUGGUCGGUCAUCACCUAAAUCAUGUUUUGAUACAAUGGUAUCGAAAUGGCGAAGACAACAUUUCAGAACACACCGACAAGACUCUGGACAUUGUUCGGGGGUCCAGCAUCGUCAACCUCAGUCUGGGUGCGCAAAGGACCAUGUCUUUACGAAAGAAGAGGUCCUCGGUAGCCUCUGAUGUUGAAAACCUAGAUUCGGAUGCUACCAGACCCUGUCAACGCAUACGGCUGCCACACAAGUCUCUGUUCGUCCUUGGUGAGGAGACCAAUCGACACUGGCUUCAUGCCAUCCGAGCGGAUAAGCGGCCUCCUUCCCAGAAAGAUCCUGCCGAGCUUGCGUAUGGUGGAGAGAGAAUCAGCCUGACCUUUAGACACAUUGGGACCUUCAUUAAUCCCAUCAAAGAUACAAUUUGGGGGCAAGGGGCAACACGCAAACACAGAGAAGGUGCCCAACAUUUGUUAGCUGGCACCGAAGCUGAGAAACAAGGUGAAAUAAUGAUUCGUGCCUUUGGUCAGGAAAAUCAUCGCAGUACAGAUUGGGAUUGGGACACAUGGUACGGCAAAGGGUUCGACGUGGUCAAUUUCGAGACCAAGAAAGCUUGA